AUGAAGUUCUUUGCUUUCUUUCUCGUCGCUUUGAUUCAAGCUGUCCAUGGGUUUGCUCCCCUCGUGCAUCCCACACGAACAGCGGUGGCAACUCCAUUGUUUGCCAGUGUGGAGGGUGACGAAGAUAACGCCACAAGUCCAAUGCGAAAGAGAGACAAAGUGAAGAAGGUAAUCAAGAACGUAUUUGGCGCGAACAAGGAGACAAGCCAAGCCGAACCCACAAAGGUGAUCCAGGAAACCAUGCCCAAGCGAAAAAUGAUGAAGCUGAGUAAUGGGAAAUAUGAAAAGAUUGAAUGCCUAGAGGAGAAAGCAUUUACCAUUUUGAAGGACCUCAACAUGAUUGAGGAAACAAACUAA